CUCUCAACUCACUCUCCGUCUCCUCGUCUGUCACCGGAUGUUUUCUGGGGGCGAGUUGAAAGUUCGUCAUGGUUUCCCACUAUCAGGUGACGGUGAACAACACUGAAGCAGUCUGCUGAUCCAGCCGCCGCUGCCAGGGCUGCGGGUAAGAUGAACGAGUGUGCCGGGGAGGCGGAGGACAGCGAAUGUGGCUCCAUCGGACUCGAGUUCGCCUACGGAGGGGACGCCGAGUGCGGCGGCGGGGAGGGAGCUCUGGAGAACGGAACCUCGCCCGAUGAAGUUAUGCACUUCAGUGAUGACUGCUGCACAGAGGUCAAACCCAGGAUCCUGCUAAUGGGAUUGAGAAGAAGUGGCAAAUCUUCCAUUCAGAAAGUGGUCUUUCACAAAAUGUCACCUAAUGAGACGCUCUUUUUAGAAAGUACCAACAAAAUCUGCCGUGACGAUAUCUCCAAUAGCUCUUUUGUCAAUUUUCAAAUCUGGGAUUUCCCUGGGCAGAUUGACUUUUUCGACCCAACGUUUGAUUAUGAGAUGAUCUUCCGAGGGACAGGAGCUUUGAUAUUUGUGAUUGACUCGCAGGAUGAUUAUAUGGAGGCCUUGGCAAGAUUGCAUCUCACUGUGUCCAGGGCAUACAAAGUAAACAAAGAGAUCAAUUUUGAAGUUUUCAUUCAUAAAGUAGAUGGUUUAUCUGAUGACCACAAGAUAGAAACACAAAGGGAUAUCCAUCAACGAGCAAACGAUGACCUUGCAGAUGCUGGUUUGGAAAAAAUUCAUCUCAGCUUCUAUUUGACAAGUAUUUAUGACCAUUCAAUAUUUGAAGCAUUUAGCAAAGUGGUGCAGAAACUGAUUCCUCAGCUUCCAACUUUAGAGAAUCUAUUAAACAUCUUUAUCUCAAAUUCAGGAAUUGAAAAGGCCUUCCUUUUUGAUGUAGUCAGCAAAAUCUACAUUGCAACAGACAGUAUGCCAGUAGACAUGCAAACUUAUGAACUCUGCUGUGACAUGAUAGAUGUUGUUAUUGACAUUUCCUGCAUAUAUGGGCUUCGAGAAUUCGGUGGAGGAAGUACAUAUGACAAAGAAUCCGUGGCAAUCAUAAAGCUGAACAACACGACUGUUUUGUAUCUCAAAGAAGUGACAAAAUUCCUUGGUCUGGUUUGUUUUCUUAGGGAAGAAAGUUUUGAACGCAAAGGUUUGAUUGACUACAACUUUCAUUGUUUCCGCAAAGCUAUUCAUGAGAUUUUUGAAGUACGCACGACCAUGCUGAGGUGUCGCAAGCAGCAUAGAGGACUGCAGAGAAACAAAUUGGUAACCCCCAAUGGCACACCCAGGCUUUUGUCAUAACGACUGCCAUGUACACAACAUUUCUAGUAGCACGUUCAGUGAUUCUAAGUAUCUAAACUGUGAUGCCAAUGCACUGACAUGAAUGAAGAUAAUGCUCAGGAUAUUAACUCCAAUAGAGAAUGCAAGCACUUUGUAAAAGGUAUAUUUUUCUUUAGCACAUGCUAAAAUCAGUAUUUAUCAUAUUUAACCAUGUAUAUUACAAAUACAUUUCUAACAGCGAACAAAUGAAAUGGCUAUUUUUUUUUGCUGAACUGCCGAAAUUGUAGCAACUUAUUGGAAAAAGAAUUAAAUCCAGUUUAAUAUACUCAGCUUUCCUUGUUAACAAACUUUGGGUUGAUAGUUUCACAUAAUAUGAAGUUUGAUUUCCUACUCUUAGAUUUCUGCUCUAAG